UUAGUUUACAUCGUGGCGCGUGCUUGGUUGGUCGACUGUGUUGUAACGGAUAUUUGAAAUAUUUUUUCUGUCGCAGUUAUUUAAUGCGCAAUCAUGCCGAAAAUUGAUCCAGAAACCCAAAAACUUUACGACGAGAUCAAUGGCAUGAUACAAAAGUUUAAGGAUGACCAAAAGUCGAAGGCGGAUUGCACAUUGGCUGACAAAUGCGGUGAUAUGAGCGAUGUGCCCAAAAUACGUUUUUCGUCGAAAAAGAUUUUAAAAGGUCACAUCAACAAGGUCAACUCGGUGCAUUUUGCGGGCGAUUCUCGUCAUUGCGUCACUGGCUCCUUGGAUGGCAAGUUGAUCAUUUGGGACACUUGGACAGCCAACAAGGUACAGAUUAUACCUUUGCGCUCCGCCUGGGUGAUGACUGUGGCAUUUUCGCCAUCGGGCAACUUUGUGGCCUGCGGUGGCAUGGACAAUCAAUGCACCGUCUACGAUGUAAACAAUCGAGAUGCAUCCGGAGUGGCCAAGAUGGUUAGAGAGCUAAUUGGCUACGAGGGCUUCCUGAGCUCAUGUCGUUUUCUGGAUGAUGGACACUUGAUCACGGGAUCGGGUGAUAUGAAAAUCUGUCACUGGGACUUGGAGAAGGGUGUCAAGACAAUGGACUUUAAUGGCCAUGCUGGCGACAUUGCUGGCCUCUCAUUGUCGCCCGAUAUGAAUACGUACAUAACCGGCUCAGUGGACAAAACUGCCAAGCUGUGGGAUGUACGCGAACAGGGACACAAGCAAAUGUUCUUUGGACACGAGAUGGAUGUGUCGUCCGUUUGCUACCAUCCAAGUGGCUUUGGCUUCGCCUCCUGCUCGGAGGAUCAGACAGCGCGCAUGUACGAUUUGCGUGCCGACCAACAAAUCGGACUCUAUGAGCCGCCCCAGAAGAACACGGGCUUCACGUCGUGCGCUUUAUCGACCAGCGGUCGCUACAUAUUGUGCGCCGGCAUUGAGGGCAACGUUCACUCGUGGGAUGCCAUGAAGCAACGGCACACGGGUACACUGUCUGGGCAUGAGAAUCGAAUAACUUGCAUCAGCCUGUGCCCCAAUGGCAUGUGCCUAGCCUCGACCAGCUGGGAUCAACAAGUGCGUCUGUGGCUCUAAUUGCAGAACGAUUCGUUUUGCUCCACACUUGGUUCAAUAUGCAUAGUUUAUUAGCAUUAUUAUUAUCAAAGACCAAAACAACAACUAGCUUUGUAGGCUCUUACACGGCUUAAUACCCACAUGAUAUCAAGAAUAAAGUGCAUGAAAAAAUAAUUACCAAA